AUGCUCAUCUCCAGCAUCUGCGCCGUAGUCCUUACGGUCGCCUCGUCGGUCGCCGCUGUCAGCGUCAAUCCUCUGCCGGCUCCUCGCAAUAUCACUUGGGCGUCAUCGGGGCCCAAACGCCUUGCGGGUCAUCUCACUCUGCGUACAGACCGCGGCUCCAACAGCCAGAUCAUUUGGCAAGGAUGGGAUCGCGCCUGGAAGACGAUCGUCUCGCUUCAAUGGGUUCCCGCUGCGACUGAGGCGCCGAUCUCCUCCUUCGAGCCGUUCCCCACCGCUACGCCUUCUUCCUCGAAGAGCAAACGUGCCCCGUCCUCGCUACAAUUCGUCAAUGUGAAGGUUGAAGAUCCCAAAGCCGAUCUCCAGCACGGUGUGGACGAAUCUUACACCUUGGAUGUGAAGGAAGGCUCCGAUACCAUCCAAAUCACUGCAAAGACCGUUUGGGGUGCUCUGCAUGCGUUCACCACCCUUCAGCAGAUCAUCAUCUCGGAUGGGAAAGGUGGACUAAUCAUCGAGCAACCUGUCAGUAUCCAGGAUGCGCCUCUCUAUCCUUAUCGUGGCAUCAUGAUCGAUACUGGUCGCAAUUUCAUCUCCGUGAAAAAGAUCCUGGAGCAGUUGGAUGCCAUGUCAUUGUCCAAGCUGAAUGUCCUGCACUGGCACUUGGAUGACACGCAAUCGUGGCCUGUACAGAUCAACGCACAUCCGGAGAUGGUUAAAGAUGCAUACUCGGUCCGAGAGACUUACUCGCACGCUGACAUCCGCCAAAUUAUUGCCUAUGCCCGUGCCCGAGGUAUCCGUGUCAUCCCCGAAGUCGAUAUGCCCAGUCACUCGUCGUCUGGUUGGAAGCAGGCAGACCCGAAAAUGGUGACUUGCGCCGAUUCCUGGUGGUCCAACGACGUCUGGCAAUAUCAUACUGCCGUUCAACCCAACCCGGGCCAGCUGGACAUCAUCUACGACAAGACGUACGACAUCGUUCGGGAUGUCUACAAUGAGCUGUCGGGGGUCUUUACCGACAAUUGGUUCCAUGUGGGAGCUGAUGAGAUUCAACCCAAUUGCUUCAAUUUCAGUACCUAUGUCCAGUCAUGGUUCGCAGAAGAUCCGUCGCGCACCUACAACGAUCUGUCUCAGUACUGGGUGGAUCAUGCAGUUCCCAUCUUCCGCAACGUCAGCGAGAAGCGCCGUCUGAUCAUGUGGGAGGAUAUCGUUCUCUCUCCAGAGCACGCUCACGACGUACCCAAGGACAUUGUCAUGCAGACCUGGAACAACGGGGUGGAAUACAUCCAGAAUCUGACGGCCCGGGGCUACGAUGUUAUUGUAUCGUCCGCCGACUUUUUCUAUCUUGACUGUGGCUCUGGCGGAUACGUCACAAACGACCCCAGGUACAACGUCCUGAGCAAUCCGGAUCCCAGCACACCAAACUUCAACUAUGGCGGCAAUGGAGGAUCAUGGUGCGCUCCUUACAAAACAUGGCAGCGGAUCUACGACUACGACUUCACGACAAAUCUGACGGAUGCUCAAGCCAAGCAUAUCAUCGGUGCGACCGCGCCUCUCUGGAGCGAGCAGGUGGAUGAUGUAACUGUGUCGAGCAAGUUCUGGCCCCGCGCCGCAGCCCUGGCCGAGCUGGUCUGGUCUGGCAACCGCGAUGCCAAUGGAAAGAAGCGGACUACGCUCAUGACGCAGCGUAUCCUCAACUUCCGAGAGUACUUGCUCGCGAACGGCAUCCAGGCCGGCAACCUGGUGCCGAAGUACUGUCUUCAGCACCCGCACGCGUGCGAUCUAUACUAUGACCAAAGUGCCGUCGCGUAG